AUGGCGGGUAGCAGUCCAGUGGCCAAGAGGAUAGUGGUCUACCGGAAUGGGGACCCGUUCUCCCCAGGCCACCAGCUGGUGGUGACUCAACGCCGCUUCCCCACCAUGGAGGCCUUCCUCUGUGAGGUGACAUCAGCUGUGCAGGCCCCACUGGCUGUGCGUGCCCUGUACACGCCUUGUCAUGGCCACCCUGUCACCGACUUGGCAGACCUGCAGAAUGGAGGACAGUAUGUGGCUGCUGGCUUUGAACGAUUCCACAAGCUCCACUAUUUACUCCCUGGAGGAAAGGAUCCAGGUGGGAAGAGCGACAGACUACAAGGUCCUCCUGUGACUCGCCACCCAUGUGAUGGGGCCCUCGGACAUUGGCUGCCUGCAGGUACCCCCUGCUAUAUCCAUGUGUUCAGGAAUGGGGACCUGUUAAGUCCCCCAUUUGGUAUGAAGUUGCCACAGGCUGCCAGCCAGGACUGGGAAACUGUGUUGAAGCUCCUGACUGAGAAGGCCAAGUUGCAGAGUGGGCCUGUGUGCAAACUCUGCAACCUGGAGGGUCUCCCCCUGUCAGCAGCUGAGGCUCUGGUGAACGGCCAUUACUAUGUGGCUGUUGGAGAGGAUGAGUUCAAGGCCCUCCCCUAUCUGGAGCUGCUAGUGCCUAGCCCCUCCCUGCCCAGGGGCUGCUGGCAUCCUCCAGGCCCGAAGUCUAGGCUGCACAGGCAGGGGGCCCAAGGCCACAGAGUACAGGCAUCCCACUCCUCUCCAAAGGAACCCAGCCAAAUUGAACCAUCUGCUUUCUAUGCCAGACCUCAGCAGACCAUCCAUCCAAGAAGCAAGCUCCCCACACUCUCAUUUCCAUCAGGAGGUACGGGAGUAUAUGGGAGUCUCCCAAGGAGGGAGACUGCAGGGGCCCAAGAAGUAGCAGAUGAUGUAGACACCCAGACAGAGGAGCCCCUGGAUCAGAGGGCAGCAGAGAUAGCGGAAGAGGCUUUGUCCCUGGAAAACCGGCCUGGGGGGACUGCUAUCCCAGCCUCAGCCCCUGCUCUGACAUCUUGAGAGCCAGCAACUCCAGAAAGGAACUGGGACCACUACUCUGUAGCCACCUUUUGUCCUCAGCCUGUUCCCGAGGAGCCAGCGCCUCCCCUCGGCUCACAGGGGACACUGCAGCCUCCUCAGCCCCUCCCUAUUCUUCUGCUCCUAAACCCACAGCCCAGUCUUCCCUUCCUCUAUGAGCAGAGCAGCCCUAGCUGUGGAAGCGAUUUCCUUAUGGGAUUCUCUGGCCAGAGAAAGGAGUAGCUGACUGCGUUUGGGAGAAAGGCCACAAAUGUGGGAGUGGGUUUAUCACAAUAAAAGAAUUCUUACUAACCUC